AUGUCGCAUUUGCGAUCUUCCGAAUCCUGUGAGAACGAUUGCGCCGAUUCGAAAAACUCGCCAAAAGGUUUAUUCAACCGAUUUCGGUCAUUCAAUCGCAGUCGCUACCCGGUGAACAAUUCGGCCCAUCCGCACGAGUUUCGGUUUUAUUCCCGUAAAGCAAUGGAAAGCCGUGAUAUAACGCUUGAUCACGCGCGGGCCAAACAGUUCGUUUUUGCAGCCGUAUUGUUGUCCCAGUUUUGUCAGGUAAAAAUUUCAUAA